CUCAGCAUCGCCCCGCUCCCCGCCGCUCCUCCGCCCGGGAUGCCCGGGGGACCCGCCGAGCUGGACGGCCGCCCCUCGUCGCCCGCGCACGGUGCCAGGGCCGCCGGCAGGACCGGCCGAGAUAACGCGGAGACGCGGGCCGCCACCAUGCCGGACUCCCCGGCCGACGUGAAGACGCAGGCCAGGUCGACGCCGCCCAGCAUGCCACCGCCGCCGGCCGUCACGCAGGGUGCCACGCGCCACCCCUCCUUCACGCCGAGCACCAAUCGAGACGCCGGACCGCCGACGUUUCUGCCUCGCGGCCGUUUUCAUGGUUGCUUGAAAUGGUCGAUGGUCUGUCUUUCGGGCGGCUGAUACUGCCCGGGCAGAGCGCGAGCGGGAGCCCCAGGAGCCGGCAAAGGCAGGCAGGGCCGGCGGCGCGCGGGCGGCGCGGCACCGCGCAAGUGAUGAACGGCAGCAGCCACUCGCCGACGGCCAUCAAUGGGGCUCCGUCCACCCCCAACGGCUUCAGCAACGGGCCGGCCACCUCCUCCAGCGCCUCCCUCUCCAACCACCAGCUGCCGCCGGCCUGCGGCGCCCGCCAGCUCAGCAAGCUCAAGCGCUUCCUCACCACGCUGCAGCAGUUCGGCAACGACAUCUCGCCCGAGAUCGGGGAGCGGGUGCGCACGCUGGUGCUGGGGCUCGUGAACUCCACGCUCACCAUCGAGGAGUUUCACGCCAAGCUGCAGGAGGCCACCAACUUCCCGCUGCGGCCCUUCGUCAUCCCCUUCCUCAAGGCCAACCUGCCGCUGCUGCAGCGCGAGCUGCUGCACUGCGCCCGCUUGGCCAAGCAGACGCCGGCGCAGUACCUGGCGCAGCACGAGCAGCUGCUGCUCGACGCCAACGCCUCCUCGCCCAUCGACUCCUCCGAGCUGCUCCUGGAGGUCGCCGAGAGCGGCAAGAGGAGGACGCCAGACAGGACCAAAGAGAACGGCUUGGACCGAGAGCCUCUGCACCCCGAGCACCUCAGCAAGCGGCCGUGCACCCUGAGCCCCGCGCAGCGCUACAGCCCCAGCAACGGGCUGAGCCACCCGCCCAACGGGCUGCCGCCCCCCGCCGCCCCCCCGCCCCAGCACUACCGCCUGGAGGACAUGGCCCUGGCGCACCACUACCGCGACGCCUACCGCCACGCCGACCCCCGCGAGCUCCGCGAGCGCCACCGGCAAGCGGCGGUGCACGGAGCGCGCCAGGAGGAGGUGAUCGAUCACCGGCUCACCGACCGGGAGUGGGCGGAGGAGUGGAAGCACCUCAACAACCUGCUCAACUGCAUCAUGGACAUGGUGGAGAAGACGCGCCGGUCCCUCACGGUGCUGCGGCGUUGCCAGGAGGCCGACCGCGAGGAGCUCAACCACUGGAUGCGGCGCUACAGCGAUGCCGAGGACAUGAAGAAGGGCAGCCCCCCCGCCGCCCGCCCCCACAACAGCUCCUCCGGCUCCGAGCCGCCGCAGCUAGAUGCUCACCGGGAUUUCGCCCCGCGGCCCCUCGCCGGUUACAUGCCCGAGGAGAUCUGGAGGAAGGCUGAAGAAGCCGUGAACGAGGUGAAGCGGCAGGCCAUGUCGGAGCUGCAGAAGGCCGUGUCGGACGCGGAGCGCAAAGCCCACGAGCUCAUCAGCACCGAGCGCGCCAAGAUGGAGCGCGCCCUGGCCGAGGCCAAGCGCCAGGCGUCGGAGGACGCGCUGACCGUCGUCAAUCAGCAGGAGGACUCCAGCGAGAGCUGCUGGAACUGCGGGCGCAAAGCCAGCGAGACCUGCAGCGGCUGCAACGCCGCGCGCUACUGCGGCUCCUUCUGCCAGCACAAGGAUUGGGAGAAGCACCACCACGUCUGCGGGCAGACUCUGCAAGGGCUCCCGGCCCCCGCCGCCGCCGCCGCCCCGGGCGCCGGGCUGCCGCUGGGCUCGGCGCAGCCCGACGCCGCCUCGCUGGCCCCCGCGGUGCUGGCCGGCAGCCCCGGCGAGGCGGGCUCGGCGGCGGCGUCGCGCUCGGGCACGCCGGCCACCCCGGCCCCGCUGGAGAGCGCGUCCCGCUGAGCGCCGCGGCGUGCACCGCGCCGUGCCGUGCCGCGCCGGAGACACCCCGGGGCUUCGCUGCUGCUACCGCUGCUCUCCAAAAGAGACUGCACCCGGUGCAACCUCCUCAGCUACCUGACCUGUCUGACCUCCAAAACGACCUCUAUCUCUCACGGAUAAUCCUCACGGAUCCUCACGCUGGGCUUUAAGCGGAGCGAAGGCAACCGCCGGUCUCCUCUGUCCCCUCGCCGGUCUUUGCGUUGGCUUUUUGGUUGGUUUUCUCUCACUCGGGGGAUCGUUACUCGCUGCUGCCGGGUUGGUGGUUUUUUCCUUUUUUUUUGGUCCUUUCCGGAUGAGGAGUCGGUCUGCAAACGUUUCCCGGUGUGGCCGGGGGCCCGGCGGGCGCCUGCGCGCGAGGGCGGACGGAUGGACGGAUGGACGGACGGAUGGACGGAGGUGCGCGGCGGCGGGACCGGCCCGGGGCCACGCCGCAGCUCGCUCGCAGGAGGAAAGAAACUUCUUUUCUUCGUCUCUCUGUCUCUCUUUCUCUCUCUCUCGUUUUUUUUUUUUUUUUGUAAAAAAAAAAAUAAAGAAAAUAAAAAUGAAAACGUCAAACUCUUUGGCUUUAAGUAAGAAACCGUACAAAAGGAAAAAAAAGAAAAAAAAAAGAAAAAAAUCCAAAAAAACAGACGACGCGACGUCAAACCACGUGACGGAAGCGCACCUGUAAACUACCUUGCUAGCUAGCCAAGAACAUACCAGACUCACCUCUGCUCCAAAGGAUAUCCAAAAACGAGAAGGACCCAAACGUUUCUCCACUGCCAAAGUUCGUGUCGCUCCGCCGCCGCUUCCCGCGCCGUCCUCCCCUCCGGGGCGCCGGCGGACGCGGCGGGGCUCCCGCGGCAUCGCCCCCGCGGGUUCCCGGGGACGCCAAGCAAAAAAGCGAUGGAAAGGAAAGGAGAGGAGCCGGCGGCACGGCGGCGGCGGGAUGCGGCCCCACUACCUCGCCCCGCGGCCGGCCGCCGUCCCGGGAGCACGGAGCUGCAGCGCCGCCUCCCCGUCCCCGUCCCCGUCCCCGUCCCCUCCCCGCGACGCUCCGGGCGCCUGCGGACAGCUCUGCCGGCUUUCGGGGCCAGCGGUCGCCAGACGGUUUCUCCAGCCCUGCGAUGAACACGGUCGCUGCUCAGUUGCUCUUAAAUUCUGGGUUUUCUUUUCUUUUCUCCGCUCCCCGCGUCAAGAGUUUUUGCAACGAUUUCUAGGAGGAAGGAAAAGGAAGGAAACCAAGGCGCUUGCUCGCAGAGCCGGGAGGAAGAGACGAUGUAAUGUUUCGUGUUUCUCGCAUCACUGUGUGAAGCGCAGAGGACGGGAGUGCAAUACGGAAAGUCCCACGCUCCGAGAGGGGGGAAGCCAGAGCGCGCCCGGCACGGCCAGGGCGGGAAUGCUGUACGUUAAUGUGAAUGUAAAUAGUGUUUGCAGAGGUCCAAAAAUAAUAAUAAUAAUGAUGAUAGUGAUAAUAAUAAGAGACAUUUGCCAAAUAAAGGUGAUGAGAAACCACUGGAGGAUGUGACGUUUAGGAGCUAGGUUUAACCGAAAGAAGCAGAAUUCAUGUGCUCGAUAGGAGCUUUAGUUUCCGGAUUUGCAAAAACCAUCCUGUGUGUUUUCUUUAGAGAAGAAAGAAGGGUUUGGGGUCGGUUUGGUUGCGUUGCCAGCGCGAGUCACCAAGAGCCUGGCCGCGGGCGCUGCGUUCGAAACUCCCUCCUGGUGCCCCCCCUCUCCUGCGGGGCUGCCGAGCUGUGCUGUUGUGUGCUGUGCCGCGCCGUGCCGUGCCGAGCCGUGCUGUGCUGGGCUGUGCCGUGCUGCACCGUGGGUCGUGCCGAGCUGCGCUGUGCUGCACCAUGCCGUGCUGCACCGUGGGCUGUGCCGAGCUGUGCUGUGCCGUGCUGCACCGUGGGCUGGGCCAUGCCAUGCUGCACCAUGGGCCACGCCGAGCCGUGCUGCACUGUGCCGUGCUGCACUGUGUGCUGUGCCAUGCUGUGCUGCACUGUGCCGUGCUGCACCGUGGGCCAUGCCGAGCCAUGCUGUGCCGUACCGCGCUGCACCGUGGGCUGUGCCAAGCUGUGCUGCGCCGUGCUGUGCUGCACCGUAAGUCAUAUCGAGCUGUGCCGUGCCGAGCUGUGCCGCACUGUGCCGUGCUGCACUGUGGGCCGUGCCGAGCUGUGCCAUGCCGUGUUGCAACGUGGGCCAUGCUGAGCCAUGCUGUGCUGUGCCGUGCCGUGCUGUGCUGCACCAUGCUGCACUGUGGGCCAUGCCGAGCCGUGCUGUGCCGUGCUGCACCAUGCUGUGUCACACUGUGCCGUGCUGGGCUGUGCCAUGUCACACUGUGCCACACCAUGCCGUGCUGCACCAUGCCGUGUCACGCUGUGCUGUGCCAUGCCAUGCUGCGCCGUGCCAUGCUGCACCGUGCCAUGUCGCAGUGUGCUGUGCCGCACUAUGCUGUGCUGCACCAUGCCGUGCUGUGUCACACAGUGCCACGCCAUGCCAUGCUGCGCCGUGCCAUGCUGCAUCACAGUGUGCUGUGCCAUGCCAUGCUGGGCCGUGCCGUGCUGCACCAUGCUGUGUCGUGCCGUGCUGCGCCGUGCCGUGCUGCGCCGUGCCGUGCCGUGCCGUGCCUGGGGCUCAGUGCCUGUUGCAGCAGGGCCCGGUGCGCGGGGUGCCUCCAAAGCGGUGGUAUCGGUGCGGUGCCAGCACGGUGCCCCUGUCCCGAGCCUCGCGGCUGGGGCUGGGGGCGGCGGGCAGGGGCUGGAGCCAGGUGCUGCUCCAGCCGGCGGAGCGGUGGCCCCGGCUGGGUUCACUGCGGCUCUGGAUCGGGUCGGGAGCAGGUGGCGUUUACCCGUGGGUUGUUCAGCUGUUCGGGAUGGAGAGGUGGCGUGGGGACCCCCGGGCAUCCCCUCGCGGCAGCAGGACACCGAAGGGGACCCAGGCGUCCCCAUGCCGUGCAUCUCCCCGGCGCCGGUGCCACGCUUCCCGUGCCACGGGAACUGCUAGGUCUGCAGCCAGGGCUGGCAGCAGCCUGCCACGCGCCGUGGUGCCAAGGCCGGGUGCAAAACCGCAUCAGGCACAUCACUCCCGUGUGCGGGGGUCCCGGCGGCUCCCGGCCUCUCUGGGCGCCGGUGGCAAACGCCCUCGCCAACGGGUCCAGCUGCACCCCAAGGUCUCGGGGCAGGGCUGCGUGCACCCCAAGACCUCGGGGCAGGGUUGCACGCACCCCGAGACGUCAUCCAUCCCCAGGGCAUGGCUGCGUGCACCCCAAGACCUUGGGGCAGUGCUGCAUGCACCCAAGACCUCAUCCAUCCCCAGGGCAGGGCUGGGUGCACCCGAGGUCUCGGCCCUCCCCAGGGCAGGUUUCUGGGCAGCUCCGGGCGGGCGCCGGGAGCCCGGGGCAGGCUGCGCGGGGCGAAAGCGGUUGGUGCGGCUGGAGCUGCCGCUGGGGCUCAUCCCUGGCUUGCAACGGGCUCCCCUUCUCCCCCUCCGUGUCCCCGUCCCGCCGGGGCCGCGAGCUGAGCCGGGGGCCGCUCGAGGGACUGUUCACUUUAUUUAUGGUGUGGCAUAUGUAAUAUUGUCUAUUUUUCUUACGUUUCCUGAGAAGAGGUAAUAUAUAAGCGUGCUGCAGACGCACCUGCUGCGGGGCCGCCCGCUCCUCCCGGUGUCUGCUCCCUUUCCUCCCUCCCUGCCAAGCGUGUCCCCCCCGCGCCGUGCCGCACCGGCCCUGCCUCUCUACCUCCGCCUCGCCGGGAAACCGCAGACGAGAGCAUUUACACAGAGAUUCUGCUCUUGUUUCGCUUCCUUUCUGUUUCCCUUUUUUUUUUUUUAAUGAUGAUAAUAAUAAAAAUACCCUAAAGAACCUUGCAUCGAAACCAAAAGCUGAGGGAGGGAGGGGACGGGCAGUGUGGCGCUGGCAGACGGCCAGACCAGACAGCUUUAAAGUGUGAUAUUUCCAAAAAAAUAGCGAUGAGGGGAGGACAGCGGCUUCGGCAGGGCCUUGGGAGUGGGGCCGUGGCAGCCGGGGGACUCUGGCCGGAGGGGCUGGGCUCGGGGACGGCGGCAUGGGGCGCCCGCCGCGGGAGCGGGCCCCUCGGCGGUGGCUUUGGGGCAUCUGGGAGGGGGCAGCCCCGGCGCGGGGGGGUCCUGCCCUCCGCCGCGGCCGGGCGCGAGGGAUGCGGUGUCUGAGGAGGGGAGGCAGAGCCCGCGGGCGCCGGUGCCGGCGGUGGCACCGGGCUGGAGGAGGUGGCCGGUGGCUCCCAGCGGGUUCUGCAUCUCCCUCCUCGCCUUCCCAAACCGCAUCCCAGCUGAAACCAAAGUGGUCCAGGUGGGCGUGUGCUGGUGAGGCUGGCCUCCCCGCCGGCCUCCCCUGCUCCCAGCCUCCGCAGGGCUUCGCUCCACCGCCCUCCUCCGCCGCGGCACCCCCGGAGCCCCCCCUGCUCCUCCAGGACCUCCCAGCACCUGGCCACCCUGCCCGGGGCACCCGCCGGAGCCGCCGCGGGGACCGGCCAGGGCGCUGGGAGCGGGGGCUCCCCGGUGGGCGGCAGCGCCCUGCCCCGCCGCGGCCUCCCCGGCCAGCCUCGAGAGAUGACGUGAUAGGACUUUCCUUCGGCAUGCUGUCCCCCCCGUGCUGUGUCCCGCUUUCUCUAAGUGUACUGUAUGUUUGACCUGUGAAAGAUGUAAACUUUAUGAUUCAGGUUAUGUCUGUUCUUAACUCUGUAUCUGUGUAAUAAAGACAAUUUAAUAUCAA